AUCAAGCACCUAGGCAUGCAGACUGCUUCUACAAACAUUUGUGAAAUAAUGGGUCGCUCUCAGGAGCUCAGUGAAUUCAAGCGUGGUACUGUGAUAGGUUGCCACCUGUGCAAUAAGUCCAUCCGUGACAUUUCCUGGUUACUAAAUAUUCCACGCUCAACUGUUAGUGGUAUUAUAACAAAGUGAAAGCAACUGGGAACAACAGAAACUCAGCCACGAAGUGGUAGGCCACAUAAAAUGACAGAGCGGGGUGAGAACAUGCUGAAGCGCACAGUGCGCAGAAGUAACCAACUGUUGGCAGAAUCAAAAGCUAAAUACCUCCAAACUUCAUGUGGACUUCAGAAUAGCACAACAACAGUGCCUAGAGAGCUUCAUGGGAUGGGUUUCCUUGGCCGAGCAGCUGCAUCCAAGCUUUACAUCACCAAGUUCAAUGCAAAGCGUUGGAUGCAGUGGUGUAAAGCACACCACCACUGGACACUAGAGCAUACUUACCUGACUGCAUUGUGCCAAGUGUAACGUUU